GGAAAAAUAAUCGAAUCAAGAAGAAAGACAAAGACAAAACAAGUUUAAAAACUGAUAAUUCCAUCAUAAUUGAUAAAGGCUAUAAAUUAACCAUGCAAAAUGAUUCAAGCGUUUCAUUUUAGAUUUUAAAAAUCAAUCGAAUUGAAAAUGUCGCCAAUUAAUCCGACUAUUACAUUGUGGUUAUCAUUGUUUGCGAUCAUUUUGUUGGCCAUUCUACAUACGGGAAAUGGAGCACCAAGAACAGUUCGGGAUGAUGGUGGUGCAUUCGAAACUGUCGAUACAGAUAGUUUCAGAGAUGAUCAACAUCCAACACGAAGUAUGAUUCAUACGAUAAUCGAUAUGAUUAAGAGAAUGUUUGGAUUUGAUGAGCGAACUGCAAUCGUACGUGAAGAUGGUACUGUUGAAUAUGUUGAUAAUGGUGGUCAAGGAAAUUCCUUUCUAUCACGUAUUGGUCGUCGUGUUAUGUCAUUCAUUAAUAUGUUAUUAAAUAUGUUUAUGGGUGAUAGUUCAAUACCGCCAUUCGAUUUUAAUACUGCACGUACAACGAUUCUAAAUGAAUUAGAUAAAGAUGGUAUUCAUUUGAAUAAUGGUUAACCCAGAAAACAAAAACAACGAAAUCAACAUUCAUCGAAAAAUCCAGAUAGCCGAUAUUCGAUUGAUUUUUUCUUUCAUUCAUAUUUUGUAAUAAUUAAUUAGUUUUACAAAGACCAAAAUACCAAUUCAAUUGAAAAUAGAAAGAAAGAAACGAAGAACUUUA